AUGAAUGCUGUGAAGGGAAAGGAGACAAAUCCUGUAGAAAAGAAAGGCUUGAUGUAUGUCAAAGCCUUUAUCAAUGAAAAACCCGUCAUGGCUAUGAUCGACACUGGUGCUACACACAACUUCAUCACGCCUGAUGAAGCAAACAAGCUUGGGUUGAAGAUCACCGAAAAGAAUGGUUGGUUCAAACCCAUAAACACCAAGGGUGAACCCCUUAAGGGAGUAGCAAAAGGGGUUGAGAUGACUCUUGGUUCUUGGAAGGGCCUUGUGGAUUUCUCAGUAGCACCCAUGGACGAUUUUAAAAUAGUCAUUGGGCUCGAUUUACAAAGGAAGGAAAAUAUAAUACAUAUGCCAUACUUCGACGUAGUAUGCGUCAUGGAGAAAGAGUCUCCUUGCAUGGUCCCUACAGUCUCUAAAGUUGGAGGACCACCGAUGCUAUCUACUAUGCAACUCAAGAAAGGGUUCAAGAAGGGAGAGAUUACAUAUUUGGCUCUAUUACAAGAGGAGUCAACAUUCGAAAGAGAAGACGUUCCUCCCAAAAUCAAGAAAGUUCUUGAUGAAAAUAAGGAUGUGAUGCCUCCUGAGUUGCCAAAACAACUACCACCUAGGAGGAAGGUGGAUCACAAGAUUGAAUUAGAGUCAGGAGCAAAGCCGUCCGCCUCAAUACCUUAUAAGAUGGCACCGCCAGAACUCGAGGAGUUGAAGAAGCAACUCAAGGAUUUGCUAGAUGUUGGGUUCAUCCGUCCAUCGAAGGCACCUUAUGGCGCACCAGUCUUGUUCCAAAAGAAGCAUGACGGUUCAUUGAGACUAUGCAUCGACUAUCGAUCACUUAACAAGGUAACUAUUAAGAACAAAUACCCCAUUCCUUUGAUAGUCGUUUUGUUUGAUCAACUUGGUAGAGCCAAGUGGUUCUCAAAGCUAGAUUUGAGGUCAGGAUAUCACCAAGUGAGAAUUGCCAAUGGUGAUGAGGCUAAGACCACGUGUGUUAUGAGGUACGGAUCGUAUGAGUGGUUGGUGAUGCCUUUUGGCUUGACCAAUGCUCCUACGACCUUCUUGGUCUACUUGGAUGACAUUAUUGUCUAUAGCAAUACUUUGGAGGAACAUGUAGAACACUUACUAAUUGUGUUCAAGAUCUUGCGAGAAAAUAACCUAUAUGUGAAGAAGGAAAAGUGUUCCUUUGCAAGGGAUGAAGUCCACUUCUUGGGACACAUCAUUAAAGAUGGAACUUUCUGCAUGGAUCAAGAAAAAGUGAAGGCUAUCAAAAAGUGGGAACCUCCAAACAAGGUAUUUGAAUUGAGGUCAUUCCUUGGGUUGGCUAAUUACUAUCGGAGGUUUAUCAAGGGAUACUCCGCCAAGGCUGCACCAUUAACUGAUCUUCUCAAGAAGAAUCACUCUUGGAAAUGGUCAAAAGAGUGUCAAAAGGCUUUUGAUGAGUUGAAGGCUGCUAUCACAGAAGGACAAGUACUAGCACUACCCGACUACUCAAAGGUGUUUGAAGUCCACACUGAUCCUUCUGACUACGCUAUUGGAGGAGUUCUGAUGCAAGAAGGACAUCCUAUUGCCUUUGAGAGUCGCAAGUUGAAUGAUACAAAAAGGCGAUACACUAUCCAAGAGAAGGAGAUGACCACGGUGGUGCAUUGUCUGAGAACUUGGCGUCACUACUUGCUUGGUUCACACUUCAUCGUCAAGACAGAUAAUGUGGCUACAAGCUACUUCCAAACUCAAAAGAAGUUAAGUCCCAAACAAGCUAUGUGGCAAGACUUCUUGGCUGAGUUUGAUUUUGAAUUUGAAUACAAGUCAGGCAAGACUAAUAUGGUAGCUGAUGCGUUGAGCUGCAAGGCUGAGUUGGCGGCCAUUUCUAUGGUUGAAGGAGAUAUUGUGCAUACCAUCAAGGAAGGGUUGCAUCACGAUCCAUUAGCCAAGAAGUUGGUGGAGUUGGCUAGAGAAGAGGAAGCAGCACGACUAUUCUUCAAGAAUGUGGUGAAGUACUGGGGAUUGUCUAAGAGCAUCAUUAGUGAUCGAGAUCCACGCUUCACAGGACGACUAUGGAUAGAGUUGUUCAAACUCCUUGGGUUGGAGCUUCAUUUCUCAACAAACAUUGCUCAGUUCUCAUACAAUCUGCAAAGGAGUGAGUCUAUAGGGAAGAGCCCAUUCGAGAUUGUGACUGGACAACAGUCGCUUACACUUCACUCUCUUUCUUCCUCUUACUCAGGAAAAAGUCCUGGAGCUUAUCAUAUGAUUAAGUCUUGGGAAAAACAAGCAGAUAUCACUCGUUCUUACCUCGACAAAGCUGCCAAGAGGAUGAAGAAAUGGGCAGAUAAGAAGAGGAGGCAUGCAAGCUAUCAAGUGGGAGACAAGGUAAUGAUCAAACUUCUUCCACAACAAUUCAAAGCCUUUCGCAAGGUUCAUAAGGGUUUAAUCCGCAAAUACGAAGGGCCAUUUGAGAUUAUUGGACGUGUUGGGGAGGUUGCUUACAAAGUACAACUCCCUCCCUCUAUGAAGAUCCACCCAAUUUUCCAUGUGAGUAUGCUUAAACCAUAUCAUAAAGACCAAGAUGAACCAAGUAGAGGUGACUCGAGUCGUGCUCCACCUGUGAUGAUUAGAUCCUUUGAUAAAGAAAUCGAAGAGAUCUUAGCUAAUCGCGUCGUGCGACGAAGAGGGGUACCACCAAGUAUUCAAUACUUGAUCAAGUGGAAAAGACUUCCGAUAACCGAAGCUAGCUGGGAAGCUCGUGAAGAUCUGUGGCAAUUCCAAGAACACCUACAGCGCUAUCAUGAACAAAACGCGACGAGGACGUCUGCGCAUUAG